AUGGACACUGAGGACGUACUGUUUUUCGGUGGUAGCAAAUAUGUUAGAAACGUAUUCUUUUUGGGCGUUGCCAUGUCACAACUGUUCUCACCCUGUAUGAUCAACGAACAACUGACAAACUCGAGCUUGCAAUUUGUGGUGCACCUCGUCGCUCGUAUUCUUGCCUACGGAGUUUGUGUGCCGUUCUUUAAUCAUCUAGCUAAACUGCGGUUCCGCAAUAUGGAAGAUUUCCUGGAGAAACGUUUUGACAGUCGGUUUUUGGUUUGGUUCCAUCUAGUCACUCGCAUUGCAGGUGUUUACUACUUAUGGGAUUCUUACCAACAUGUAUACGAGAGUUUCAGAUUGUUUAACAUGAACUCAUCGAUAGAAUUUGUUUAUUUUUUGACGGGAUUUGCCACACUGUCGGCACUCGGUGGGAUGAAUGUUAUUUUGUUUGGAUGUGCUCUCCUGUGGAUUAUCGAGUGGCUUGGAAUGUUUUUUCUAUUCUUCAAUGCGUCACCUUAUAUGUUUAAAAAUGCCAGUCUAUUAAGCUUUACUCCGGAUCCCUGUAAAUCGCUAUAUGGACCCAACUACUUCUUAAACGUUCUCUGCCAAUUACUUGCAGUUCAGCCCAUGUACACCCUCUUCCAGGCAGCAAAUAAUCCGAGACAGAGUAACAUUGCGAUGGGAAUAGGUUUCGUCCUUUUGCUUCUAAGUACCGCGAUGUACGGUUUUUGUGCCAAUGGUCUAUUGCAAUUCGCAAAUACAGAAAAACUUCACCUUCGAGAUAGCAUUCAUGGAUUGUACAAACUGACAUUUAGCAAUUUAGAUUUAUUCAUACACCAGACGGAUCAGCAAGCACAAGUAAAUUACGUUCAUUCGGGCGCAACAGUAACAUUUCCACAUUUCUUCAUCCUUUUCGGGACAUGUGUUUGCAAUGCAGUAGCAUUCUUUCUACUCCAAAUUCAAAACCUUUCCAUGCACACGUAUUUGCACAUGAUGCCAAACUGGCUACGCUUCGGUCUGGUUUCCGAUGGUCGUGAAUUGCAUAUGACCUUCUCCAGUCUUUACCUAAUUAGUGCCUAUCUGACAAUUGUUUUACUUAUUUAUGGAUCAGCCAACCAAGUGCCAGGGGACAUAUCGGCGAGCCGGUAUCUAUUGUUCCAACCGCACACAAGUAAUCUCACCUUGAUGCCUGCUCUUUGCAUGAUCAUCUUGAGCCCAUUAAUUCCGGAAGUAUGGUCCGCCCCCGUGAUUGUCGUCAGUGCAAUUUCAGUAUUUGUCGGGUUAGUCUUCUCUGGACACUCACCUGCAAAACGAGUCGAAACCUGUAUCAGACACUGGCUACCAUCUGGUCUCUUCUUCCUCAGUAUGGUGUUCAUUCCCGUAAUUUCUAUGAUUAUCAAAGCUCCUGGAGUUUUACCAAAUAGUCUGCUAUUCAAAUAUCAUCUGCGUUGGCGUAAGAAGCCGGACAAAAGUCACGCAUUGUCUAUUCUUAAUGAUAAACGAGUGACUCGUGCCGGAACAGCAAGUUUACGAAUAGGGUCUCCGUGA